ACACAUUCUCUUGCACAUACCUGAUACAGAACGCAGAGGACAAGCCUACGUUUUAGCACAACUGUUAGAAUUAGUAUUAGCAAUAAAAUCAUUGAGCUUUUAAGCAUGAACUGCAAGAUGGUGUCUGUCUUUAUGCUCCUGGUCUUCAUCACCCUGACAGCAGGAGUGAGUGUAGAGCCACGGUGUCGCUGUAGUGGAGUUGAGAGUCGCCGUAUUGGGAAACUGAUUGAGCACGUUGAACUUUUCCCUCCGAACCCACACUGCACACACACUGAAAUCAUAGCCACGUUGAAGGGCAGCCAUCAGCAGAUCUGUCUGGACACUAAAGCACAAUGGGUACAGAAGGUGAUUGGGAAGAUCAUGGCAAACCAUUCACCCUGAACCCUGAAGAUGUAACCUGCACUAUGUUGAGAGUGUCUGUGUGUAUUUGUGUGUGCACAUAUGUUUAAGUGUCUGACUUCAUCUGCGCUAUUUAU